AUGAAUUCUUCAUACUCAACACUUCCAUUAAUUGGCGGACCGAGAAAUGAUUUAGAUUUAUAUGCUAACAAAGGUUUUGAUUACGACUAUGAUGAUUCUUCUUCCGGCUACGAAUCUACAGACAUCUCUGACGUGGAAUCCUUAAAGUCUGCGGAGUCACGUGACAGUCUUGACAGCUUAUCACAUGACAGCUACAAUAAUCUCCUGCCAGCGGAUGAGAAAGAAGAAGUAAUGAACUUUCAAAGCACGCAUGCGCUCUCCGAACAUCUGAAGCUGAUUCUCGCUAUGCCCGAGAUGUGUGACGUUACAUUUAUUGUUGGACCACGUGAAGUCCCCGUGCAUGGAGUUCGUGCAAUUAUGGGCACGCGCAACAGAGUUAUGUAUCAACUUAUUCUGAAACACAUGUCUAUGAGUGCGGCUGAUGAAGACAGAAACGCCAAAAAGAACAAGAAGUCAAAGAAGAACACGUGCAACAGGUCGGUCGGAAUUGGUCGGUCAUUAUCGCAGAGGCUAGUUAUCCCCGUGAAGAAGUACGAUUCAGAGGUGUUCCGAAUGCUUGUCCAGUUUAUCCACUGCGGCAGUGUGACUAUCACCGAGGAAACUGUAGCUGGUUUGUUUUGUGCUGCCGCGCAUUUCGAGCUGUCUGAUUUGAGUAAGGCAUGUUUAGAUUUUGUGGAGAGGUGUCUGGAUGCCGGUCGAGCUGAGAAACUACUCAUUUCUGCAAGAUGUUACAGUCACCACAAGGCUACAAAGACGCUAUUUGUUAAGAUUUAUUCAGUGUUGGACAGACGCUGCAUUGCCAGGCUGGAAGAAACUGCCGUGUAA